AUGCCUGGAUGUCCCUACCCUGGCAUGGGUAUGGCAGGCCAGAAGGUCCUCUUCCUCACUGUCCUUAGCCUGGAGCUCUUGAGACGGGGCGAGGAUUCUCAGCCAGCCCUCCGGAGCCUGGGGGCUGCAGCUGCCUGUCCGCUGGAUAGUAAAGAAAGCGAGUCCUGGGGUACUUUGCUGAGUGGGGAGCGACUGGACACCUGGAUCUGCUCCCUCCUGGGCUCCCUCAUGGUUGGACUCAGUGGUUUUCCCUUGUUGGUCAUUCCCCUGGAGAUGGGGACCAUGUUACACUCAGAAGCUGGAGCCUGGCGUCUGAAGCAGCUGCUCAGUUUUGCCUUGGGUGGACCUCUUGGCAAUGUGUUUCUUCUGCACCUGCUGCCAGAGGCAUGGGCCUACACCUGUCGCUUUCGUAUCAGCCCCGGUGGUGAAGGGCAGAGUCUGCAGCAGCAGCAACAGCUGGGGCUAUGGGUCAUUGCUGGCUUCCUGACCUUUCUGGCAUUGGAGAAGAUGUUCCUGAAUAGCAAGGAGAAGGAGGGCCCCAGCCAGGCCCCCAGCAAAGACCCCACUGCUGCCGCGCUCAAUGGAGGCCACUGUCUGGCCCAGCCGGCUGCAGAGCCCGGCCUGAGAGCCGUGGUCCGGAACCUCAAAGUCAGCGGCUAUCUCAACCUGCUGGCCAACACUAUUGACAACUUCACUCAUGGGCUGGCUGUGGCCACCAGCUUCCUUGUGAGCAAAAAGAUUGGGCUUCUAACCACCAUGGCCAUCCUCCUGCAUGAGAUCCCCCAUGAGGUGGGUGACUUUGCUAUCCUGCUCCGAGCUGGCUUUGACCGAUGGACUGCAGCCAAGCUACAGUUCUCUACAGCCCUGGGAGGCCUUCUGGGGGCCUGCUUUGCCAUCUGCACACAGUCCCCCAAAGGAGUAGGGGAGACAGUGGUCUGGACCCUGCCCUUUACCUCUGGAGGCUUUCUCUAUAUUGCCCUGGUCAAUGUGUUGCCCGACCUCUUAGAAGAAAAUGACCCGUGGCACUCCCUGCAGCAGGUGCUGCUGCUUUGCUCCGGCAUUGUGGUGAUGGUGCUGCUUUCAUUCUUCGUUGAGUAACCAUUCCUGACAUCCCACUCUGCAUAGCAGGCAAUAGAGAACCAACUUGUUCUGUGACUUUGUGUGUGAGGCAGAGGGUGAAUGCUAGAACCAGCCUCGCACUGGACAGAGGUUGUGUGCACACAGCCAGACACCCGUGUGCAGAGCCUGGCCACCCCACUGUCAGCACAGCAAGGAAUGGCAGCGCUGGUGCUGGCACAGGCCCCUCAGUUCUUCCAAGAGUCCGGGGCUACAGAGAACCCAGAAUUGUCCCUCCUGGGCCUCUAACUCAAGACUAAUUAAAGCUCUGCUCAUAUAUCCAGGUCCCAAGCACCUUAGAGGCAGAGGCUGCACAGCUCUUUGCUGUCCAUUUUCCCAGCCCUUCCCAUACCACCUCUACAGCCAAAAAAAGGGGAGGUUGGUGCUUUGCAGCCCCAGCCCCACUCAGCAUGGAGCAAGGCAGCCUCUCCAGGAUCUCCUUCUAGAGGCUGCCACCCUGACCAGCUCAUGCUUCCCCAGCAAAUGCUGUCAAAGAGCAGUCUGCAAGGCACCAAAUAAUCCUCAGGCUAGCAGUCUCCCAGUGCAGCUCCAAAUGCUCCUGCCAGCACAUGGUUCAGCAGACAUGCCCCGGGGAAGGGAGAAUGAGCCUUGCUGCCCUUCCCUGCUCAGGCCCCUUGUCCUUUGGGUUGAGUAAGGUGGGGGUGGUGAGGGCUCCACAUUGUCAGUGCUCAGGAAUGUGAACUGGGAGAAUGCUGAAGCCAUAAUCCCCAACUAUUUCCCUUGGCUGACAUCCAGGUGCUCAGCUGGCCCACUCAACAGCCAGACUUCAGCCCUGCUGUCGCAGUGUUAGAGAAGUGGCCACUGAAGAGUCUGAAUGAUUCCGUAGCAGUUACGCUGUGGUUCAUCUUUGUCUGUAAAUACCUGUUCUAUUAGAUGUAAAUAAAUAUCACCUAGACUGUCCCACAUACUAGGGCGGUCAAGCAGAGCUCUGCUCAGUGCUCUGGCAGAUCCGA